AUGGCUUCACACGGCCAACCCCCGGCCCCGAGUAUGGGGCCGCCGAACCAACCACAGCCAGAUCUCUCCGCCAUGAAGUUGACCCGCGGCACCAGCUGCGUCCUGUGCCAGCAGCGCAAGGUCCGGUGCGACAAGCAGAAGCCCUGCUCCAACUGCGUCAAGGCCGGUGCCGAGUGUCGCGUCGUGCCACCCCAACCACCCCGCCGCCGCAAGAAGCGCCUGCAGGAGAGGGACCUCUUGGACCGGCUCAAGAAGUACGAAGACCUGCUCCGGCAACACAACAUCAAGUUUGACGCCUUGGACCCCGACACAAAGUCCGAGGCCACCCUGGAAGAUGUCGACGAGCUGGAGAAUGACUUUGAGAAUCUCAAGACGAGCCCUUCCGAGGGCGACUACGUGUCGGCGCUCCACGCUCGAGGCGCACGGUGGAAGCUUGGCUCAUUUCUCAAACUACACAAUAAAACUUUCCACGCCCACAAUAACCUAUUGAACGACUCUUCCGAUGACGAGGCCGACUAUCCUACCAUCUACAAAGCCUUUGACAGGAUGUUCACCAACCGAAACCCGUUUCCAUUUCUCCUCAGCGACCAGGAGAUUGAUCUCGCCGAGUAUCGCCCAUCCACGAUACAAAUGUUCCAACUCUGGCAAAUCUACAUUGACAAUGUGAAUCCUCUCUUGAAGCUCACCCACGUGCCUACUGUCCAACAACAAGUCAUUGCCUAUACUGGUAACCCGGAGCAAGCACCCAAAGACAUGGAGGCGUUGAUGUUUGCAAUUUUCUUGAUGGCAGUGUCGUCCCUUGACGAUCAAGAAGUACGGCAGCGCUUCCAGGCUGAGAAGCAGGAGUUGCUGGGUCAGUUCUUUGCAGGACUGCAACAAGCUCUUAUCAACGCCAAUUUUAUGCGCUCUUCGGACAUUGUUACACUGCAAGCCUUUCUUCUUUACAUGCUGGCUAUCCGAUGGUUCCUCGACCCUCGACACGUUUUUUCAAUCAUGGGUGUGAUGGUGCGCAUGGCUCACCACAUGGGGCUUCACCGCGAUCCCGCUGGUCAAGGCUUAAAUGCCUACGAAUGCGAGCUACGGCGCCGUCUUUGGUGGUCAAUUGCGGCGUACGAUCGCCGUAUUGGUGAGAUGACAGGCGCGGCUGUGACGGCACUGGCGGUGCCUAAUGACACUCGUAUACCACUCAACAUCAAUGAUGCCGACUUAUACAUCGAACAAGCCGAACCCCCGACAGCACACAACGGCGCGACCGAAAUGAUGUUUGCACUCAUUCGUGCAGAGCUUGCCAUGGCAACGCCUGAGGACUGGGAGCGCGACUUCAAAGGAACACAGCCAAUCGAGCAGCCCGCUGGCAAAGUCUUAAUUAGGCUGCUUGGAAAAGACAAGAAGACCUACACAAUCGACGGAUUUUGUGCCCAUAUAGAAGGGACAUACCUUGUCCACUGCGACCCCAACAUUCCCUUCCACUUCUUUACACUCACCAUGACUCGCCAGGCGCUCAGCAGGCUGCGCGUCAUUACCUAUCUUGUCCGGCUCGCGCAUGGACACACCUCGACGACCGACGAAGCCGACCGCGAGUUUCUUUUCGUGCAGGCAACCCAAAUGCUGGAGCAUGAUAACGUCUUGCAGUCCCGGGAGAACCUCAAGUGCUAUCGCUGGUUCACCCACCACCACUUUCCGUUCCCUGCCUACAUGUUCCUCGUCAACGAGCUUCGCUUCCGACUCAUCGGGCCCGAGGUGGAUCGCGCCUGGGCCGGCGUCGCUACCAACCACUCCCUGCGCGGCUUGAUGCACGGCCUGCACUCGCCCAUGCACCUUGCUUUUGGUCACCUCUUCGUCAAGGCAUGGAAGGCGCGCGAGGCGGCCCUGUUCGAGCGCGGACAGCAGGCCACGCCCCCCGGCUUCAUCGUCGUGCUGCAGGAGUUCGUCGAGCGGCGGCGCAUCGCGCGGGCGCAGAACCUGCCCGACCCCAUCAACGAGCCGGCCGAGAUGGUGACGGUCCCCAAACCCUCACCACCAGCAUACGGCACGCCAGGCUCGCAUAGCGACAGUGGUAUCGGCAAGAUGACGCCGAUGAUGGCGAAUUCGCCCGUUGGCGCGUCCAUGUCCCAGGCGCCCGCGCCGGGCCCCAACCUAGACGACACAGAUAUGGACUGGUCGUAUAUCUUGUCAGGAUACCAAGACGGGUCCAUCUUUCAAAACUUUAAUACUUUUCAUUUCGGCGGCGACCCUGGGGCGGGUAUGGGCGGUAUGGGAGGAAUGGGCGGCAUGGGCAUGAACAUGGGCGGAGGGCCGAACAUGUUUGGCAACUAA